CAAACGUCCUGAAUGUCCUUCCCCAAUCCAAUUAUCUCAAGUACACCCUCGUAAUUGACACGUAGGAGUGCAAAGACAUCUAAGGACCUAACAAGAUUAGGAAGCCCUACUGUUCGACAUAUAAAACUCAUUUUUCCGAUAUAUCGACUUAGUCUGUUAGUGAAACUUCGGGUAAAAGUGACGAGAUGGUCUUCAAUUUUCGAGUUUUCAAAAAACAGGCCCCAAAUGGAAAAAUUACAAUUUAUUUGGGUAAAAGAGAUUUCGUCGAUCAUAUUUCUGGCAUCGAACCAAUAGAGGGUGUAUUUUUGGUCGACAACGAGUACAAGGACAGGAAAAUCUUCGGCCAAAUUGUUUGCAGCUUCAGAUAUGGCAGAGAAGAGGAUGAGGUCAUGGGACUCAAUUUCCAGAAGGAUCUCUUUCUUGAUUCGCGUCAGCUAUAUCCUCCACCUGAGAAACAAGAGACCAGCAAGCUACAAGAACGUCUGAUCAGAAAAUUAGGGUCUGAGGCUUAUCCUUUCACAUUUACCAUACCACCAAGUGCUCCAGCAUCUAUCACCUUACAACCAGGCCCUGAAGAUGAAGGACAACCUUGUGGAGUACACUAUUAUAUCAAGAUAUUCGUGGGUGAAAAUGAAACAGAUCGUCCACACAAGAGAAGCACAGUAUCAAUGGGUAUCCGAAAAAUUCAAUAUGCGCCAUCUAAACAGGGGCGCCAACCUUGCACGGUUGUUAGAAAAGAUUUCAUGUUGAGUCCUGGGGAACUUGAGCUAGAAGUCACCCUGGAUAAGCAGCUAUACCAUCAUGGGGAGCAAAUUGCGGUAAAUAUCUGCAUUCGCAAUAACAGUAAUAAAGUUGUGAAGAAAAUGAAGACAAUGGUCCAGCAAGGUGUGGAUGUUGUUUUAUUCCAAAAUGGACAAUAUAGAACCACAGUUGCUUUUGCUGAAACACAAGAAGGCUGUCCAAUUCAACCUGGAUCAAGUCUCCAGAAAAUUAUUUACUUGACACCAACUUUGACGUCGAAUAAAGGUCGAAGAGGAAUUGCUUUAGAUGGUCACCUGAAACACCAAGAGACAAACCUGGCAUCUACAACAUUGCUGGCGUCACCAGAUGCUCGUGAUGCUUUUGGCAUUAUUGUUUCUUACGCGGUGAAAGUGAAGCUCUACUUGGGAGCUUUGGGUGGAGAACUAGUAGCUGAACUCCCAUUCGUGCUUAUGCAUCCAAAGCCAACUGUUAAAGGAAAAAUGCUACAUGCUGAUAGCCAAGCUGAUGUAGAAGACUUUCGACAAGAUACUGUGGAUAAUGAGGCAGCUGAUUAGUUUCUGUUUGAACCUUUGUCAAAUAUAACACAGAAAAAAUGCUUAAUGUAUAUUCAUAAACUUUGUUCCUAUAUAGAUAUUUCUUCAAAUAAAAAUUCAUUAUUUUUUAAUCAAUCAUCAAUAAAUCAGGUCUAAGACAA